AUGACUUCGAUCACGAAUCAGCAGCUCAGUGGAGACAAUGUCAGAAGCCUCAUCGUUUCCUGGAUUAGAGGAGAUGUAGGCGACGACAACCCCACGGUGGUGAAAACACAUCAUCCGCAAACCUGCGAAUGGAUUUUCCAGCAUGAGCAGUUCAAGACAUGGAUCAAGUCCACAAAUUCGACAUGUUUACUCUUCUCCGGACCCCCUGGUGCUGGCAAGACAGUUUCAGCUUCCGCAGUAGCCAAAUAUCUUGAAGACCGCGGCCUCCGCACAACGACCUUUUACUUCUCCUUCAGCGAUCCCUCUAAACGGACCACAAUCACCGCAUUACGAGCACUGGCUCUAGAACUACUCGCACUCCACGACUCAGUCCCAGAUAGUGUUCAAUUGUUGUAUGCGUCCGACACUGGAAACGGCUCCAGCCAGCUGAGCGAUGUUGUGAUUGCGGGUAAUCUGCUGAAGGAACUCGUCAAACAAAUCAGUCGCGUUCACAUCAUUCUCGAUGGACUUGAUGAAUGCAGAGACCGCAAAACCCUGCUCCCUAUCCUGGGAUCGCUAUUGGAAUCAACCACAUUUGGCAUUGUGAAAUGGUUCCUCACAAGCCGGCCAGAACGCGAUAUUCGCGGGGAGAUUCUCCGACACACCGUUCUCGACAUUGAAGCAUCAGUAGACUCCAUCAAAAGUGAUAUCAACAGAUUUCUCCACGAAAGCCGUACAAAUGAUCAAUGGAAUCAUAAAAUCGAUGAUAUUGUCGAAAAGUCAGGAGGAAACUUUCUCUGGGCGACAAUGGCGCUGCGAGUGCUAAAUGACACCUCUUUUACCGACGAAAAGCAUCUAGCUAUGGAGCUUGAAAAGUUUCCUAGAGACUUGAACGGCCUUUACAUGAGAGACCUUCACCGAUUGUCAAAGCGCAAAUCGUGGCAGCAAGAGCUAGCUCGGAAAAUGUUCACAUUUCUUGUGGCAUCGUUCCAGCCAUUGCGAUUGAGUGAGCUCUCGGAUGCGCUGACUGUCCCUACAUCACCAGACUCGCCCCCAUUGCCACAAGGUCAACCAGAGGACUCCCUGCUCGAAGAUCUAUGUUCAGGCUUGGUCGUAUUUGACCGCUCUCUCCCAGGGUCUAGUGAAGACCCAGUGUUGCGAUUCACGCACAAAUCAGUACAUGAUUUCUUCUUGCAGAUUCUAGAAGCUGAGGAGAUGGAUCAACUGGGCAUUCCAAUUGAUGCCUCUUUCAACGGGUUAGAUGGAGAUCACUUUGAGAAAAGAAUGCGUGCGCUCUUCAAAAAGUUCAUUGAAAGCACGGGCGCGCCCGGGAAAAUUGAACGCUUUUUCACAUCAACAAGCGCAGCCAACGCCGAGCUCGGGCAAGUCUGUCUCCAAUACCUCACCAACCCACGAUACAAUACCCCCGGGCUCCAAAAGGAGCUCCUCGAAAAAAGGGAUCACGCUUUCCUCAAGUACGCUGCAGUGUUUUGGCACGCACAUCUCAGCAUUACAAGGCCCAAAUCCCAGAUAUCCCACCAGGUCGAAUCUUUCAUGGAAAGCUCAGCAUUCUGGAACUGCGUUACAAUCCAAUCCAUCAUCGCCCCUCAUCUUUAUGCCAUUUAUUACCAAGAUAAUACAUCACUGAAGUAUAUGGAAGCUAUUCCUGUAGCAUCUUCAGAGUCCCAACCAGCAGACGUUCAUUAUGCGUCACCACUACCGGCAUGGAUGAAGACGGCCAGAGUUGAGGAUUUUGAUAGCUUCAUCACACAGUGGUGUCGUGUGCUGAACUCGUGUCCCGGAAACCUGAGCCAGUGCUAUAUGGACGACCAGUGGAAAUCGAAAUGGCCAAGCACAAGCAUGUGGUUUUCAAAUCAUGUACGAUGUAGGGCAAUUUAUUCAAAUGACAUGACAAUCAACGACUUGAUCUCAGCAGAGAUACAAAAGAAAAAGCAGCGACAGAUCACCGUCAAAUCCACAUCUGCGUCACCGGCAGACUAUGGGACCAUUUCAAUCAAUGACUCCGUACAAGUCGAGCUCUAUGCUCAUGACUGUGGAGACUGCCGCUCCUCAUAUUGUCCAAUGUGUCUGACGACAUUUCCAUCCAAGCUAGUAACGAAAACAGAAAUCGAUACCGAUGCAGAAACCGGCAUAUCGAGCUCACAUCGCAGUCCAGUGCCCUCUUCAUCUGAUUGGGAAGUAGUUACCUAUACUUCGGACAUGGACACCAAACUGGAACCUCCUUCCUCGGAACCACGAGCUGUUGCAGUACAGUGGAGGUGUAGCUCACAAGAGACUGAUGAUUCAAUUCAUGAUCAUCAAAAGGGAUCAAUGUUAGUUGGGUCUAACUUAUAUUCAGACUCGGACUCUGAUUCCGAGGACGAUGAAGAAGCGCUGCAAGCACAACUGCCAAUCCACAGUGCAGCCCGUUCUACACAACAACACUGCUUCCUCGUUACACGACAAAAUGCUGAUGCAGUCUCGUAUCUAUGGGAAUCAACGUACAGAAACACUAUCACACGAGGCGGGUUCCAUCCAACGGAGCCUUGGGUAUUUUGGAGUCCGUCGGCUCAUGUGCUCUGCAAGGCUAAUACAGUAACCGCGCUCAUUGAACAGACAGCACUUCCGGAGCCCCCUGGAAUCGAUUUCACGACCACACAGAGUCUGCACAAAGAAAUUUACGUCUCGGAGAACGGAAGUCUUUUGUUCUACCUGAUCCUAGCGGUAACGCCCCUUGGCACUGGUGUGCAAUGUCGUCUUUGCAUCACGGCUCUCAAGAUGGUUCAAACAGAGGACGGGGCCCUGAAAGUCUCCGCGGUGGGGUCGUCAUCAGCAUUGACAUUCUUCGUGAAUGAAGGCCUGGAGGCUCCUCUCAUACUUGUGGCAUGGAGUCCGGACCAUGUUUACGUCGCUUUGCCUCCGCUUUCGUGUAAGCCGAAGGUUGUGCGACUUCCACUUCAACCGCAAAAUCAAACUUUUGGAAUUUCCGCUGGCUUUCAGACCACGCAACAACCAAUCUUCUUUCCUUCUACCACUCCAUACCGCCAACCAAAGUUAUUGGUGGAUGAACAGGGGCGGCUUGUGCUUACUCUCUCUGCACAAUUGAUAUCACCCAAUCUUCAAAAAGAUACUGCCAUAACUGGUUCGUGCGAUGAAACCAGCGAAAGCCAGAAUUUGCAAGGCCCCGUAGCUAUAUCUUGGCCUCCAGAAUACCUGGCAGAUUGGAGAGACUGGAAUGAAUUGGCAGAUGCUAAUUCUGAGCAACAAAGCUCAGCCAUGGACAAGGCCAGGCGGCUACGCGGUUCGUACAUAUCCCCUGAGCAUCAGUUCCAUGUAGCAGUCAGAAGCGGUUUGAAUUACCGUACAAAGAUGUUCAUCAGUUGUUCUUAG